AUGCUAAGAAACUUUACAGCCGUGACGGAGUUCGUCCUCCUGGGCCUGACCAGCCUCCGGGAGUUGCAGCUUCUCCUCUUCCUGCUGUUCCUGGCUGUUUACCUGGUCACGGUGCUGGGGAAUGUGGGCAUGAUUGUCCUGAUCCAGGUCAGUGCCCGGCUCCACACACCCAUGUACUUCUUCCUUAGCCACCUGUCCUUCGUGGAUCUCUGCUUCUCUUCCAAUGUGACUCCAAAGAUGCUGGAGAUUCUCCUCGCAGAGAAGAAAACCAUCUCCUACCCUGCGUGCCUGUUGCAGUGUUACUUGUUCAUCGCCUUGGUCAUCGUGGAGUUGUACAUCCUGGCUGUGAUGGCCUUUGACAGGUACCUGGCCAUCGGGAACCCGCUGCUCUAUGGCAGCAAGAUGUCAAAGCGCGUGUGCCUGGGGCUCAUCCUGGUGCCCUAUGUGUAUGGGGCGCUCACCGGCCUCAUGGAGACCAUGUGGACCUACAGCCUGUCCUUCUGUGGCCCCAAUGAAAUCAACCACUUCUACUGCGCUGACCCCCCGCUCAUCAAGCUGGCUUGCUCCGACACCUACAAGAAAGAAACGUCCAUGUUCGUUGUGGCCGGGUGUAACCUGUCCUUCUCCCUGUUCACCAUUCUUCUUUCCUACCUUUUCCUUUUCCGCGCAAUCCUGAGGAUCCGUUCCACCACAGGCAGACACAAAGCUUUCUCCACCUGUGGCUCCCACGUGACCGCUGUCACCAUAUUCUACCUGACACUCUUUGUCAUGUACCUCAGGCCCCCAUCCAAGGAAUCUGUGGAGCAAGGGAAAGUGGUGGCUGUGUUCUACACCACAGUGAUUCCCAUGCUAAACCCCAUGAUUUACAGCCUGAGAAAUAAAGACGUGAAGGAAGCCCUCGCCGCACAGCUUUCAAGGAGGAAAACAUUCUCCUAA